AUGUGCCUUUCCUUGGCGCUGUUGCAAGCCCAAAUCUUGAAAGCACAAUCCACCUCAUUAUCACCUCAUCCUCAAAGCCUUCCGUCGUCGAGUCAAGCCUCAAAGAGUACAGUUCUAUUGGAAGACGGCAAGAACAAAAGAAAAGAAAAGAAAAGAAAAGAAAAGAAAAGAAAAGAAAAGAAAAGAAAAGAAAAGAAAAGAAAAGAAAAGAAAAGAAAAGAAAAGAAAAGAAAAAGGCAACAUCAGCAAGCCGAAAAGCAAGCCACAAGUGUUCCCCGUCAUUGGAACUCACCUUCAGAUGAAGAGAUCCUCGAAGACUACACAAGGAACAAGCAUCCCCUGUCGAAUCCUUUAUGGUCGCUGCACACUAAGUCAGAAGAAACACAAGUCAAAACAACACUCAAGGCAGCUAAGUCGAAUGCUGCAACCUUGUCUCGAGCUGUCAAUGCCGCUAUCUCUCAGAUUGAUUGUCAAAUUCCGCGGUUGCCAGACACGCUCCACCACCAGUCGAUCUACCUCUCCGACAACUCUAAGACUCCGAUGGUCAUCGAUACCGGAGCAUCUAUCUCAAUCACACCUCAUGAGUCAGAUUUCAUCUCUAAAGUCCGCCCUAGCCCACUCAAAUCUAUCAAUGGCCUCCAAGGAUCGUGUGAGGUUGUGGGAAGUGGAACAGUUGAAUGGACUGUUAGAGACGUAUAUGGAUCUGUGCGACGAAUCAGAACUACAGCUUACCUGGUUCCAUCUGCACAGAUUCGAUUGUUCUCACCACAGUGCUACUUCCAAGAGAUAAAGGGAGCUGGUUCCCUUCUCAUGAACCAUCGUAAAGUUAUCCUCACGCUCGCUGACGAAUCGGAACUUGAAUUUCCCUUCCAAUCGAACAAUAUUCCAAUGAUGUUGGAUGCGAAUGCUCAUUGCGCUGGUCUAGGCUUUGACGUUGGAGCCGAAAAGAGAUAG